AUGGCCUCCGUCCCUCCCGCCCCCUUCCCCCACCACUCCCACGAAAAGCAGCCUAGGACGUUCAAGCUCACCGUCAAGGCCCUCCUCGCUCUCCCCUAUCGACUAUGCAAUCCUCCUCCUGCAGUCGGCAAAGUCAGGUCAUGUCAGGUCACUCCCAUGUUCGAGGUCAAGCUCGAGGACGUCCUGAACAGGAAACACCUGCCCCCUCUUGGUCUCAAGGACUUUGAAGAGUGGCUUCUCUUCGUCGAGGGCUGUCCAGAGAACCUCUAUUUCGUCCUCUGGCUCAAGGAGUAUGCGGCACGCUACCACCAAUGGAAGCUCGAGUCAAGGGCUGCCCACCCCGACGAUCAACCUCCAGAUCGCUUCACACCCUCGCCACAGCUCACCAUGUCCUACCUCCGCGCCAAGAAAACGUUCUUCACCCCCGCAGCAGACUACGAACUCAACGUCCCCUCGGAUAUCCUCGCUCCUUUUCACACUCCCCACUUUGCCUGUCCUCACCCAGAUCCUAUCGUCUUUGCCGAAGUCGCAUGGGAGGUUCAUGGUAUGCUCAAGGAGAGCUUAGACCGCUUCGUUAUCGCUGCUUAUAACAAUGUCGGCACCCGUCGUGCAAUAUGCGGUAUAGCCGGUGGCAUCACCUUUGCGCUCCUCGGCAGUGUCGCCCCGCUCGUAGUCAACAUCGUCAAUGGACGCUCGAGGUGGUUGAGGUUGCUCGCUAUCCCAGGAUUGUGGCUCGGCUUGACAGUAUUGCUCGCGAGUCUUCAUGGUGUCUGCAUGAUGAUCUACGUCUUUGGCGACCUCCGUCAGCUCCGAAACUUCGAGCUUGAACGACCACAGAUCUCUCCUCCGAAACCUCUGGACUUUAACUACUACCGUCGAGCCGUCGCUAAAGCAAAUCCUCUCCGCAAACGAGAGAAACCGCCUACUCAGCCUUCGAGCAGCGACGCGACCUCUCAACACCCGAUGCCUUCCGAGAAAGCAGAAUCUGUCAUGACCACCGCCUCUCGUGAUCGCGCGGCGCCACCACCACCACCACCAUCCCGUUCUCCUGCGGUUACCAUUUGUUCCUCUCAGGACCGUGACGAUUCUGAUCGAUACUCGUCCGGAUCGUCUUAUUCUGGUGGUUCUGGUCCCGUCUACCACGAGACCAGCCAUCGUAUCUUCGUUUCACCCGCUUACUACGACUCUGACCCCGCACCCGAGGGUCCCGCCACACGCACUGGCACCUCCCAUCCGUUCAUCGACGAGUCGGUCCCACCGUUCGGAGGUUCAUACAAAUUCGGCGACGCAGGGGCUCACACGCCCGAAUGUCGCGCUCAUCAGGCGCACACCGUCACUUCGACAGCAGCGUUCAUUCGCCCAUACGAGGACGAUGACAACUUCUUGUCCAUGUCGACCGAUGGGAGCGAAGCCGAGAGCGUCCGUAGCUUUGAUUUCGACGCGCUUCCACCACGGGUCAGCGAGGGCUACGAGUGCAUCUGCGUUCGGAGCCCAGUGCGUUCCGUCCAGGGCACGACUCAUACUCAUACUCAUUCGGCGAGACCGAGCUCUGGCUCGAUCAUCGGUCCUCUCCCAUUGCUCAGGCUUCCUUCGAGACCUACCGUCGCACGGCUGAAUACGAAUAUUAGCUUGCAAGCGCUCGAGGAAGGAAGACGACCUUCGGCGGGUGGUCUCGACGUACUCGAAACUCCAUUGACAACGGCAUCUCCUAUCACGCCUGCUCGCGCCCAAUACAAAUGUAACCUUCCUUCCGUCCUUCCCCUCGAAGAACAUCCCCAAUAUCACCAGAUUCGUCCAAAGAGCAGGAAUGGCGGCGGCUCGCAGCUUAAUAUCGCGUCGAUGCAGGAGAAAUGUCGGACGCAAUCGCCUGUGGGGCCCGCGAUCAAAGCUGGCAAGGCAAAGGCGCAGACGCAGACGCAACAGUCGGGUGCGGCGGCCACGUCCACGGUGAUAACCCCGACUUCGUACGAGUACAACCACGUAAAGAAGGUCCCGGCGUUUGGACCGGUGACGAAGGUGCUCAGUCCGGUGAUUUCGAGGGCGCAGUGGGAGAUCGUGGUGAGGAGUGCGGCGGUGGCGGCGGUGAUGAGUGUGGUGCUUGUGGGUGCGCUGUUGGCGGUGCCUGUUAGGGGGCAUUGAGCGGUGUGCUUUGAUCUGUUUCGCUUUUUUUUUUUUUUCCCUUUUCGGUCUCUCUGGUGUGUGUGUGCUUGGCCGAUUUACUCGCUCGUCUUUUGCUGCUGCUCUAGGGUCUCGCUGUUCGCUGUGCUUUCCUCUCUUCUCAUAAUACGAACCCUCACGCUCGUUGAUAGUCGUGCUCUUCUUAAUCUCUAGGACGGUAUAUCUUACCCUACGUACGCUCCCUUCUGCUCGUCUUCCCUACUGCUCGUCUUCGCUACUGCUCUUCGCCUUCGUGUU